AUGAACUCCUACCUAGAUUACACAAUUUAUAACUGCGGAACGAACACGUACGGAUCCGGGGGCAGAUGUCUUCCUUUGGACCAAGAAUACAUUUCUUCAGUGUCUCCCAGUGCUUUUUCCUCAAGUGAUACUUCCAGUCCCGAUGGACGGGCGACUGUUGGGAACAACCCCGGUGCUGUGCUACAAUACAGUCAAGCUACUAACUAUUCGUAUCUUCAAACACACAUUGAACUGGAUCUCGUGACUAAUGGGAAUCCGGUCUUUGCCGCUCAACCACGAAUAAGCCCUGAGUUUGGACAGCAACAGGCUUUCAGCCAGAGACAGGACCCCAUGUUUCUGCAGCCUUCGGGCCCCACGGUUGUAAACGUCGGAACAAACUUUGGCUCGUACAGCGAGUCUAACUGCAGGUCAGGGCCAGUUUCUGUUGGCCAGUAUCAGUCUCAUCCGCAUGGAGAGCAUGAACAAGAACAAGGGUACAGCGUUUACAGCAAAUACGCCACCUCAGUCGACAGUGACAGUAAUGCGAAGAGCAAUCCCCAACAAGCUCCAUUAGGGAAAACUUUCGACUGGAUGAAAGUGAAAAGAAACCCCCCUAAAACAGUUAAAGUCUCUGAGUAUGGAGUUCAUGGCCAAAGCAUAAUCCGCACCAAUUUUACCACAAAACAGCUCACCGAACUUGAAAAGGAGUUCCAUUUCAAUAAGUACCUCACCAGGGCGCGACGAGUGGAGGUAGCUGCUACUCUCGAGCUGAAUGAGACACAGGUGAAAAUUUGGUUCCAGAAUCGUCGUAUGAAACAGAAAAAACGUGAGAAGGAAGGAACUGCAAAGAUCAUCGAACGAGUUCCUAACAGAGAAACUGAACAAAACACAGACAACUCUAAUUCCUCAUCGCCUGGUACAUCCCCUGCGAAGGGCGCUUUGCUGUCCAUCUGA